AUGCCCCCCACCCUCCUUUUGCUGCUCUGGGGGUCCCUGGCCCUGAUGGAGACCUGGGCAGGUUUCCAUUCCCUGAGGUAUCACUCUACUGCCAUAUCUUGGCCUGGCCUCGGGGUGCCCCAUAUCAUCGCUGUGGGCUACGUGGACGACAGGCAGUUCGGGCGAUUCGACAGCGACUCUCAGGGUCAGAGCCCAGAGCUGCUGGCGCCCUGGGCGGGGCAGGUGGGGCAGGAGGAUCUGGACCAGGAGACCCGGAUCCAAAGGGACGAGGCUCAGUGGUUCAAAGCGCUGCUGCGGGACCUGCUCGGUCUCUACAACCAGAGCGAGGAUGGGUCUCACACCCUCCAGAGGAUGUUUGGCUGCGAGGUGGGGCCAGACGGGAGCCUCCUCCGCGGGUACGAGCAGUUCGCCUACGAUGGCGCCGAUUACAUCGCCCUGAACCCGGACCUGCGCUCCUGGACCCUGGCGGACCCGGUGGCCCAGAUCACCCAGCGCCAGUGGGAGGCAUCGGCGAGGGCGGAGCGCAUCAGGGACUGUGUGCAGGGCAGGUGCCUGAGGUGGCUCCGCAGACUCCUGGAGAUGGGGAAGGAGGUGCUGCAGCGCACAGAUCCUCCAAAGACACAGCUGACCCACCACCCCACCUCUGACCAGAGCGUCACCCUGAGGUGCUGGGCCCUGAACUUCUACCCUGCGGAGAUCACCCUGACCUGGCAGCGAGAUGGGGAGAACCUGACCCAGAACAUGGAGCUGGUGGACACCAGGCCUGGGGGCAAUGGAACCUUCCAGAAGUGGGCAGCUGUGGUGGUGCCUUCUGGAGAGGAGGAGAGAUACACGUGCCAUGUGCAGCAUGAGGGGCUGCCAGAGCCCCGCGUCCUGAGAUGGGAGCGACCUUCUCAGCCUUCUACUCCCACCAAGGGCCUCAUUCCUGGUCUGGUUCUCCUUGGAGCUGUGCUCACUGGGGCUGCUGUGGGUGCAGCUGUGAUGUGGAUGAAGAAGCGCUCAGGGGGACAAGGAGGAAGCUACACUCAGGCUGCAGUCAGAUACAGUGCCCAGGACCCUGAUGUGUCUCUCAGUCCCUAAAGAUGCCCUGGCCUCGCCUGCUGCAGAGGGC